AUGGCAAUUCUUGCCUCCGAGUUUGCUAUGAAGGAGCUGAAACUGCUAAGGUAUUUUCUGGGUAUUGUAGUGACAAAACAUGCAAAAGGAUUGUUUCUUAGUCAGAGUACCUAUGCCAGCGACAUUAUUGCUCGAGCAGGCACAACCUCAUGCAAACCAUCUGCCACUCUAAUUGACACAAAGCAGAAGCUCAGUACCUGUGUCGGCACUCCGUAUGAUGAUCCUACAUUAUAUCAGAGUUUUUGUGGUGCUUUGCAGUAUCUCACAUUUACCCGUACUGACAUCUCCUAUGUUGUUCAACAUGUGUGUUUUCACAUGCAUUCUCUUUGCACUGAGCAUAUGCUUCCACUAAAACACAUUCUACGUUACGUUCAAGGCACCUUACAAUUUGGUUUGCAUCUCUAUCAUUCUCCCAUCGAGAAGCUUGUUUCCUACACAGAUGCUAAUUGGGGUGGAUGUUCCGACACUCUUCAAUCUAUUUUGGAUUAUUGCGUUUUUCUUGGUGACAACCUAAUUUCAUGGUUUUCCAAGCGACAACCCACACUUUCUCGUUCCAGUGUAGAGUACGAGUACCGGGGGGUUGCUAAUGAGGCUUCAAAAUCAUGUUGGCUCCGUAACCUUCUCUUAGAGCUUCAUUUUCCUAUUUCCUAUGCUACUCUUGUGCAUUGUGACAAUGUUAGUUCUAUCUACCUAUCCGACAAUCCUAUCCAGCAUCAGUGCACAAAACACAUUGAAAUGGACAUUCACUUUGUUCGGGAGGUCACACGUCGUCAAGCCCACGUUCUUCAUGUUCUUUCCCGACACCAAAUUACAUAUAUCUUCACCAAAGGCCUCCCUAAAGUUCUCUUUGAUGAUUUUUGA